CCUAAGAAAUCUGCGAAAAAUGCGGAGAGCAGGAGAAAAUCCCCAAAUCGAAACUCAAAAACGAAACAAACAGACUUCUUCUCUCCUUGGUAAUUGGUAUGAAACAGAAACGUCAGAGAAAAAAUGAAUGUCGUCUUUUACAUCCUGAAAGUUCUCUGCAUAAACAAAAAGGUCGAGGAUCUUCUCUAGCCUAAAUGUGUAACUAAGAACAUCAAAAGCUGAUUAAUGGCUGAGGAGACCGUACGUUUGCCUGAUUCACGGGAUGUAAACAGAUCAUGGAGAAGGAUUUCUACUGGAAAACUGAGUUUUCUAUACAGUGAAGAGAAGAUCCUUCCUAAUUACCUCAGAUCUCCGACUGGUUCUUGUCAUGAUGUCUGCAAAUACGGAAGAAAACAUGAAUCUGAAGACAAGCCUAGAGUCUCACCUCUCAGAAAAAGGGUUAACAGAAGCUUUUCUGGAACUCUAAGCUUUGAUUCACCAUUGAGGAAGAAGGCAUUGACCAAAUCAGUGUUGAAUCCUUCUUCUGGUUCUGAUGAUUCUGCUGGUGGGUGUGAUCAUGCGAUGAGCCAAGUUAGAAACUUUUCCACCAGAGUUUGUGAUGUUAAGAAGCAGAAUGCGGAGAGAACAAGGAAAAAGGCGGUAUCUUUCUCAGAUUCUCGGUUAGGUGAUUCGACUAAACGAAAGAAGACGGUUUCACACUCUUUCAAAACGAUUGGUGUGUCACGGAGAAGAGCGUUGGAGAUGGUUGAACAUAACAAGCGUGUCACUGCUUUGAAGCUGAAAUCCGUUGCACAAACAGCAGCGAUUGCUCUUCGUCGCAGCACUGUGAAUAGAAAGAAGAUUAAUGGCGGAUCUAAAGCUGCAGAACCAAAGAAAGCAGUUGUGUCUUUAAGAGCCACAGUUUCUUCAAAACGGUAUCCCCUAAGCUUGAAGACAAAGAAGGAGAGUAACAGCUUGAGUAGCGUUCCUCUUAAUAAAACCCGGAAACUGGUGGAUGAUAAGUGUAAAGAGUUGGUUGAAGAGAAAACUCUCUAUGUUAUUAAGAUGAAAACAGGGAAUGAGACUAUUGAAUCUGAUCAGAACCAAAGUUGUGUCAUGGAUUCGCCUACUGAUGAUCCAAAGAGCGAAAAGAGCCAAGACGAAACUGAGUGUAAUGUGACUGAAGCUGAUGAUGAAUCUUCUCAAGAAGAGGAAGAUGAGAAUGCGUCUUUCUCUGAAGAUAAUAACACAACAAGGCAAGGAAAAAGCAAAGCUCCCUCAACAGAAUCCGUUGUAAAUGACAAGUCGAUGAGACUGAGAUUCAAAAUAGGAAAGUUUGUGGAUGUUGGAUCACAAGACAACAGUCCAAGAAAGCUCAAGUUCAAGAGAGGAAAAAUCGUUACCGGAGCUGACAAAACCUCAAAAUCCGGUGGCCGGAGAAGUUUAAAGACCAAAGGAACCAGCUUUAGCAACGACAAGGAACAACAACACAAAUCCAGAUCGUUGAAAGUUGUUCUAAAACACCAAGAUACACAGAAGAAGAGAGGUUCAAGAGUGUUGUUGUUCAACAAUGUAAUCGAGGAAACAGCUAAACAGCUUGUUGAGACUCGCAAGAGCAAAGUUAAGGCUUUGGUGGGUGCUUUUGAGUCUGUCAUAUCUCUCCAGGAAAGAAAUCAACAACAGAACACAUAUGAAUGAUUGUUCUCAGAACAAACUCUAACUAAAUCAUCUUUUCCUACUUUUCACUGGUGUUUAUGUAUGUAUGUAAAUGUAGAUGUAUAUGUAAUGACUCAUAAAAUUCUACAAUUUGUGGGGGUUG